GGCGGCCCCGGCGAGCGGGCGGCGAGCGCGGAGUCAAAGCAGCGGCCCCGCAGCCGGCGCGGAGCAGCGCGGGGUGCGGGCCCCCGAUGCCGCCCGGCGGGCCGGGGCCAGCCCCGGGGGCGUCCCCCGGUGACACCCCCCGGAGCCCCCGCCGCGUUCCCCCGGGCCGUGCCCGCGGCAGGAGGAUCGCGCUGAGCCUGCCCGCAGGCAGGUGAUCCGUCUGCCGCUCCUGUUCCCCUCCUGCCCACCUCCCCGCCUCGCUUCCCCCCCGGCUGGACAACUCCCUCCUUGGAGAACACGCCCAAGUAGCUGAAAAAGAGAGAAAGAGAGGAAAAAAAAAAGGGGGGGGUUGUUGUGUGAAGAAGAGAGAGAGCCAAUUCACACCGAAGGUGGGCACGCGGCUCGCAGCACCCCGCAGCCCGUCCGGCCCCGCGCUCCCGGACAGCGCCCGCAGCGGGGCCAUGCCCAGGGCCGCCGGCCGGGGCUCGGCGCGGAGCCGCGGGCGCUGCGGGGCGCGGAGGGGGCUGCCCCGCUCGGCCGGGCGGCCGUGAGCGCCAGCGACGGAGCGGCCCCGGCCCCGAGCGCGCCGGGCAUCGUUUCGCGUGUUGGUCUGAGCCACGGCAAGCAAAGAAUAUGAACAGGAAAACAAGGCGCUGGAUCUUCCACAUCUUCCUGAGCCUGGGGAUUGUGUAUAUCAAGAUUGGGGGCUUCUCCUCUGUGGUGGCCCUGGGAGCCAGCAUCAUCUGCAACAAGAUCCCGGGGCUCGCCCCCCGGCAGCGGGCGAUCUGCCAGAGCAGGCCCGACGCGAUCAUUGUCAUCGGGGAAGGGUCCCAGAUGGGCAUCAACGAGUGCCAGUUCCAGUUCCGCAACGGGCGCUGGAACUGCUCGGCCCUGGGCGAGCGGACGGUCUUCGGCAAGGAGCUCAAAGUGGGGAGCAGGGAGGCCGCCUUCACCUACGCCAUCAUUGCGGCCGGCGUAGCGCAUGCCAUCACGGCGGCCUGCACGCAGGGCAACCUCAGCGAUUGCGGCUGCGACAAGGAGAAGCAGGGCCAGUACCACAAGGAGGAGGGCUGGAAAUGGGGCGGCUGCUCCGCCGACAUCCGCUACGGCAUCGGCUUCGCCAAGGUCUUCGUGGACGCCCGGGAGAUCAAGCAGAAUGCCAGGACGCUCAUGAACCUGCACAACAACGAGGCUGGGCGCAAGAUCCUGGAGGAAAACAUGAAGUUGGAGUGCAAGUGCCACGGGGUCUCGGGGUCCUGCACCACUAAAACCUGCUGGACAACGCUGCCCAAGUUCCGGGAGCUGGGCUACAUCCUCAAGGACAAGUACAACGAGGCCGUGCAGGUGGAGCCCGUCAGGGCCAGCCGCAACAAGCGCCCCACCUUCCUCAAGAUCAAGAAGCCGCUUUCGUACCGCAAGCCCAUGGACACAGACCUGGUGUACAUCGAGAAAUCGCCCAACUACUGCGAGGAGGACCCGGUGACGGGCAGCGUGGGCACGCAGGGCCGCAUGUGCAACAAGACGGCGCAGCAGUCCAACGGCUGCGACCUCAUGUGCUGCGGCCGCGGCUACAACACCCACCAGUACUCCCGUGUGUGGCAGUGCAACUGCAAGUUCCACUGGUGCUGCUACGUGAAAUGCAACACGUGCAGCGAGAGGACAGAGGUGUACACCUGUAAGUGAGCCUGCCCGGCCGCUCCUGGCCUGGAUACAUUUGCACAUGCACUGAUGGAACUGCGGGAAGAGCUGCUCUCCCCCCGGGAUGCUCACCCACGGAGCCCUCUCUUCUCUCCUCACCUUUGGUUGCUUAUGUGGAUACACAGUUCAGACUCUUAUAAAGUCAGCCAAGAAACAAAACCAAGCAAACCCCUCCCCGGGCUGCCAGAGACAUGAAAGAGAGAGGAAAGGAUCACCUCAGUGAGGAGGGAGCGCUGGCUGCCUUGCAGAGACACCGGCCAGGGAGGCAUCUCUGGGGCUGGCAACAGCUCUUGUUUGGGAAAGAGGUGCUCAAACACCUCUGUGUACGAGGAGCAGGGAGGGGUAGGGGGGAAAUCCCUACAGAAGGGCUUUGCACAGGAUGGGAUGGACAGAGCCUCGCCGUGAAUUGCCCUGGCAGUGUGUGGAUAACACAGAUUUAUCCACACUCGUGAAAAGCUUCUGCUGGUCUUGCCCAUCUUUCCACGUCACAGCACUUGCUGCAGCAAGAGGAACUGUGGAAGGGUUCUGUAGACACUGCUUUAUCUGCCUUUCUCGUGUGUGUGUGAGCUGCAGAUUUUAGCACAGGGAUUUGGGACACUUGGGCAUAAUAAUAACAAUAUUUAACAAUUUAUUCAGAUAAAACUAAUAUUAAUUUAUUUAAUUAAAAGAAGAACUUUACCGACCUUUCUGGAACUAUUCUGCAAUUAAAGUAGAUAGCUGGCUUUCUUUGUGGAAUAAUUUUGUAGGAUCAGCAAGGAAACACUGGAGCUGUACAUAUUAUUCUUGACUAGGAUAUUUCUAUUAGUUGGACUUGCAGGAUAUGUUCUACAGUACUGGAUGUUUAAGGACAAAAGCUGAUGUCUUUAUAUAUAUGUACAUACACAAACACACUGUAUUUGGGGGUUUUUGUUUGUUUGUUUCCUCCUGUUUGCUGCUAGUUGUCUGGAACAAAAGUGGAGUGGUAGGGGUUACAGAUCUUUACCAGUUUUGCCUUUUGUUUUUUUUUUUUUUCUUCAAUUAAAGAAAGAAACAUUAAUAAAAUCCUGUUUGGAAUAUGUCUAAAAAUAAGAAAAUCCAGACAAAAUUCCAUCUUUUGGAAAAAUCAACCAUAGGAUAAGAGAGUAUAUUUUGUAAGAGACUAUUUUUAUAUAAAUAUUUUAUUUAUACUACGUCUGCUUGUUCAACCUGUACUUUUUCUCAAAACAGGCAUACAAUUUGUAAUUCUUAGGCUAUUUAACAGAGAAAGGGUAAUUAGUUUGUGAACACAACAGCAGCAAGCUGGAUGCAUUCAGCUGCAAUUGGUGGAUGUGUCAGAAAGCAGGAUGAACUUUCUCUCCUGGCUCUUUUCCUGCAGCUCAGUUUGCAGAAUAUGCAAAACAAGAACAGGGUAUGUAGCAUCAAUUUUGUCACAUGGCUUGAAUUCAUGAUUGGUAUUAACUGGAUGCUCAUUUAUCCCAUUCAAGAAAAAAAAAUCCGAAUUAGCUUCCCACAUGCGUCAGUCAUUAAACUGUGGCGUUAUGACUCGCAAAUGUGCUGUGUGUGCUGUCAGUUAAACCUCUGCUUUGUGCUGCUGUCAAAGCUGAUUCCCAUCAGGGCAGGACUGUAGACUGGGACUGUAAUAACUUGCAUGACACACAUCGUCUGAUUCUCAUAGAUAGGAUACAAAGCUUACUUUUUGUCCAGCUCCUUUUGGCAUUUACAUUAUUCUUUCCCCCCCCUCUCCAAAGGCCAGAGCCCAAAAAUACAGAAAAACAUUUGGACGAGUUUAAAGAGGCAAAUUUAAAGACUACUCACUUGUUUUUCAGAGCCCAACUAAGCUGUUUUGCAUUCCCUUUGUGGUAUUUCCUUUUUAUCACUGCUGAUUUCUUCAGACACUGGAGUAGUAAAUAUUUCUCUGCAUUUAGAAUUGUUCUGUUCCUAUUCUUUAACUCAUUUGUGGCUGAUAAAAAAACAUGUCUAAUUCUAACGUUGUUUUUCACUGGGUAAGAAAUGUGGCCCAGCAUUACAGAUGAUAUUGCACAUUGUCUGGGACAGAUCAUGUUCUCUGCUCCUUCCAGGCUGCAGGAUCUCCCCAGUUAAUGAGGCAUCAUGAUGGGAAUGUGUCACUGACUCCCUGCACAGCAGCAAGUGCCACCAGGGCUGGGUGAGACACCUCUGUCCUGUGUGCUGGUCCUUCUCAGGCCAAACUCCCACCCAGCACUGUGAAUACUUAAAAUUUCUGAGAAGGGAAACAGAAGCAUCACAAAAGAUGCUGCAAAGUUUGACAACCUACCUGUUAGGACUUGGGUUUUAACUCAUUCCUUGUAUAUAUAUUAUUUAAGAACACAAGCCCAUGCAGUACCUAAUCCUAGCAUUGUAUAUCAGGGGUUAAUGCACAGUUUCUUUGCAGACCUGCCACUUAACACAAAAUAGAUUUUUUAUUCAAUUCAGGCACCAGAAUGGGGUAUCAAAAUAAAGUUAUUAAUGUAAUUUACUUUCAAUCUUA